AUGGAUAUAUCGAAUGCAUCCGACGGAGAAGAUCGGCAUGAUGUUGAUGAAGCAACUGAUGAUAAUUUGAAGGAAGAAGAAUCUGUAGAAAUAGAUUUUGAUUUUUAUGAUCCAAAAAAAAUUGAUUUUCAUUCAAUAAAAAAUUUAUUAAAUCAAUUAUUUUCUUCAGAUUCUGAAUUAUUUAAUUUAAGUGAACUAACAGAGUUAAUCAUUGAACAACCUUUGGUGGGCAGUACAGUUAAAGUUGAUGGAUCCGAAUCAGAUCCUUAUGCUAUACUUACUGUGCUUAAUAUGAAAGUACAUAAGGAAAGACAAUGUAUGAAAAGCCUUGUUAAUUAUUUAUUAGAAAAAACAAAAAAAGAUUCUAGAUUAAAUGAUAUUCUUACCAACCUUUUCAAAGAAAAUAAACAUGAUGUUGGUUUAAUUUUGAGCGAAAGACUAAUUAAUAUGCCAGUACAACUUAUUCCUCCAAUGUAUAAAAUGUUAAAGGAAGAAAUUCAAUGGGCUAAUGAAUCAUAUGAAUUUGAGUGGUAUCUUAUUAUUUCUAAAACUUAUAGGGAAGUUGCAUCCACUAUAGAUGAAGAAAUGAAUUUGGAACCUACAAUCUUUUAUUUUCAUGCCGAAGAUGAAAUAAUUGAACAA